AUGGCACCGCUCCGGCCCCCACCCGGGCGGCGCGCUCGCUUCUGGACGACCAGAUCGACCAGGUCCGCCGCCUUGCGUGCAGAUCAAAAGGAACCAGUUGGUGACCCGCCCCGCCGGGCGGCCGUGGACGUGAGCGCCCUGGCGCGGAGCCGGGUGGUGCGGGCCCCGGGCCGGGGGGUUCCUGGGGACCGGUGGCUGCUUGGGAUGCUGCUCUUUCUGCUCCUGCUGCCGCCGCCCGCGGACGCCUGGUACAAGCACGUGGCGAGUCCCCGCUAUCACACGGUGGGCCGCGCCGCCGGUCUGCUCAUGGGGCUGCGCCGCUCGCCCUACCUGUGGCGCCGCGCGCUACGCCCGGCCUCCAGUCCCCUGGCCUGGGACACCCUGGCUCCUGGGUCUGCAGAUCGCAACGCCCUCCUCCUGCUUCCCUCGGGGAUACGGGAGCUGCGGGAGGCGCGUCGCCGGAGCCCGGGAGCAGGGCUCAUGGCCCGUGCCCCUCGGAGUCUGCGUGCCUCGGAGCUCGAGCCGAGGCUGGGCAUCCAACCCUGGACCUCAGCGGUGACUGCCAGAGCCUUUGGAGAGACGUCUUCUACUUCGACCCAGCCACGGUCCCUGGAGCAAAUGACCUUCGCCAGCCCCACUUGGCUCCAGGACCUCCCUGAGAACAUUCACUAUCCGCGUCGGCCCUGCAUGUGAACCAGGAGCUGACUCAGGAGUGGUCGCUGUUUGUAGGACGCACAGCUCCGGGUUCCUGCCAGAUUCGGUGUUCUGGUCAAUAAAACCAGCUUGAUUUCUGC